AUGGAAGAUUGUAGCAACAUUUGCAGAAAUUUCCAAAAAAGGGAAGAAGAGAGUUGGAGAAGACGAACUGUCGGAGAAGACGGCGACCUGAAGACGAAAGGAUGUGAUUUUUUUGAUGCUAUUCAUCAAGUUUUGGAGAGUAGAUGGAAUAAGAGUAACACUCCUUUGCAUUGUAUGGCACACUCUUUGGUUCCUAAAUAUUAUAAUGAAUCUUGGCUUCAAGAUGGUAGUAACGGUGUUCCAAGAAUUGCACCACAUGAAGAUCAAGAAGUUUCAAUCAAUAGAAGCAAAUGCUUCAAAAGAUUGUUUGAAAAUCCAGUUGAUUUGAGGAAAGCAUAUGCUGAAUUUGGUUCUUUUUCGAGUGGAUCGGAGUAUUUCAAUCAGCCCCAUGUUAUUGACGCAAGAAUGUACGAAGAGCCAAUCUCUUGGUGGGCCAAUCAUGGUUCUUCGAUACCUUUGUUGCAAUCUCUAGCAUUUAAAUUGCUCUCGCAACCGGCAUCCUCUUCUUGUUGUGAGCGAAAUUGGAGCACGUAUUCACUAAUCCAGAGUAUCAAGAGAAACAAGCUGGCGACUAGUAGGGCAGAAGACUUGGUAUUUAUUCAUUGUAAUCUUCGACUCCUGUCACGAAAAGAAGAGGAGUACAAAGAUGGGCCAACAAAAUAUUGGGAUUUGUGUGGAGAUCAGAUUGAAUUAGAUGGACAAGGUAUCAUUGAGAUGGCGGACCUAUCCCUUGAUGAGCCAGAAUUGGAGGCAAUUACAUUUGAUGAAGAAGAGGAGUAAAGCUUGAUCGGGAAUGCUUGUUUAGUUUUAUUUCAAGUGGAAAACUUUUUACUUUUCAUGUUAUGACAUUUUGGAUGUUUAACUUUAUUUUCAAUUGUGUUUUGUUCGAAUUGGAUUUUGUUAAAUGAAACAUUUGAAUUGUGGUAAUUAUGCUAUUUUGCUUUAAUAUUGUGGUUGUUUGCCUUAAUUGAAUCAUUUUUUUAAGGAAAAAAUUAUAAGACGUAUCCCCGUACCGGUAUCCAAAAUACGGAUCCUUUUUAAACGUGUCCCCAUAUCUUAAUUUUUAAAAUGAGAAGAAUCUGACUCCUAGAUAUGUACCCGUAUCCGACACCCGCACCCGAGUCCGAGCAUCAUAGAGUC